CCCGUGGACAGCCUGGGCACCAGCGAGGAGGAGCUGGAGCGGCAGCCCAAGCGCUUCGGCCGGAAGCGGCGCUACAGCAAGAAGUCGAGCGAGGACGGCAGCCCCACGCCCGGCAAGCGCGGCAAGAAGGGCAGCCCGAGCGCGCAGUCCUUCGAGGAGCUGCAGAGCCAGCGCAUCCUGGCCAACGUGCGCGAGCGCCAGCGCACGCAGUCGCUCAACGAGGCCUUCGCCGCGCUGCGCAAGAUCAUCCCCACGCUGCCCUCGGACAAGCUCAGCAAGAUCCAGACGCUGAAGCUGGCGGCCAGGUACAUAGACUUCCUCUACCAGGUCCUGCAGAGCGACGAGAUGGACAAUAAGAUGACCAGCUGCAGCUACGUGGCCCACGAGCGCCUCAGCUACGCCUUCUCCGUGUGGCGCAUGGAGGGCGCGUGGUCCAUGUCCGCGUCCCACUAGCGCCGUGCCACCCGCGGCCGACCGGCGCUCCAGGACUCUCGUGGGCUGAGGUGCGCGAGGAAUGCGGAUGCGUCCGAGCCCGUGGCCUUUGGAACCCGAACAACCUCAAGGAGGCGCCUGCUCUGCUCUCCGGCAAGACCCAGACGAGGGGACGCGCAGCACCCAGGCCCGGCCAGCACCCUCCUCCCCGACGGCCCCCGCAGAGCACGUGGCGCUCACGGUCCUCGCCGGUGACACGUUCAGCGCCAUCUUUGCCACUGUUUGGAUUUUUUCCUGGGUUUUAUUUGGGGGGAGGGGGUGUUUUUUCUGGAAACCUCUGGAUUCAGGAACACAUUUAUGAGGAUUGGGACUUUGGAGUUGUAGUUCCCUCUAAGUGCCUUUGUGUAAUGUAUAUUUUUUUAAUAAAACAGAGACGCACCCUGGUACCCUUCUGUCUAAACUGGACCAAGGCUCUCAGAGAAAGAACCUGCGCCCCGCCCGCCCCGCAUGAGUCCCGAGUAAGCCCGGACUCGCGCCCGCGCCUCUCUCCACGACUCGCUCAGUAACCAGUUUUUAUAUUUCCCGUUUCAGUGUAUAUGUUGCUUAUUUGUUUUAUUUAUUGAGAUAUUUUUAACAAGCUCGGUGACUGCACGUGGCUGUGUAUACGCCCCCCCACAAUAAAGACGCCGGCAGCCCCA